AUGGGUGAGCAACAGCUGAACCAGCCAGAGACCAGCGAGGGAGCGGGACUGCUUUAUUUUCAACGUCACCAAGGGCAGUGUGGCCCUUUGCCUGGGAUGGACAGCAGCCUCUCACACACACUUGGACUGGAGAGUGUCCCAGAGUCAAACUCUCCUGUCUCAUCCUGCUUCGAACCUGACCCCAUGGAGGCUGGCAGGCUGGAAAUGGGUGGACACAAAGGGUUGGAGCUGACUGGGAAUGCUGGCUGGGAUCACUCCGACAUCAGCACCCAAGUAACUGUGAAGCAAGAGCCCAGUGAUCCUAGGCUGGUGAGGGCAGCAAGUGGGCAUACUUAUGACCUCCUCGAACAGUGCGAGGAGCAGCUGCCAAAACGAGCGGAUGGGAAGUUGGACUCAUUCAACAAAGCCUUCGCGAACCGACACUCUCUGGGUCACAGCUCCAGCGUGACUGGCAACUACACACAGAACAUCACACUGCGGCAAAUGCUCUUGCAGAAAGCACCAGCAGAACGCUACCCUCAGCCCAGAGUGUCUCAGCACAUGCCAUGCAUGCCCACAAACCAGCAGCCCAAAGUCUUACUUCCGCAGUCGCUGCAUUAUAGCUACCCUCAGCUGCGGCGCAUGGCAGGGCUGCAGCAGCAGCAGCCUCCCACUGUCGGCCAGCAGAUGGUGCAUGAUAUCGUGCAGCAGCCCGCCAUCCAAAUGCAGCAACAUCAGCUCCACAAACCCUCAGGUGACACCAAACAGCAGAGUGACAGCCAGCACCAAAUGGGCCCCUACCACCAGGUACAGCAGCCAAGUCAUCAUCAGUUGUUGCAGCACAUGCAGAUUAGCAGGGAGCCUGUCCAUCCACACCAGUGUCAGCCAGGAAAGUUCGAGCAAUUCCACCACUCAUUCAAUGCACCUCCUCAAUUCCUGUAUGGUGAAAGACAACACUACAGGGUACAAGCGCAGCAGAGAGAGACCCUGACACACCAGCUCUACCAGCAGCCCAGCCACAGCUCACCAGUGCAGAGUCCUCAGCAGCUCAACAACUCUCCCUCCAUGCAGUACACAAUGGGCUGUUCAAGGCAGGAGCUGGAGAACGGCGAGCACUCCACAUGUGCAGAGUUUCAGGGUCCACUGAACAUGCCAGUUGUCAAGGAAGUGGGAUCACAGGCCUGCCCACCGGGCAUCUUCUGGCAGCAGGCUCACCAAAUUCCUCAGGCCUGUGCGAGAAUGUCAGACCAAAGGAAAGGGAUGGAAGAGAAGGCAGAUUCCCCAUAUUCUUUCACCUGUGGUUACUGCAAGGAACAAUUCCACAGCCUUUCAGCCCUACACAUUCACACAGGCAGUAAUGGAUGUAUGAGGACAUCUCACAGUGUCAGCCAGAAUGAUGGAGAGAAACUCUUAAGGGAUGGCAGUCACCUCUCCCCUCCCUUCACAGCUACUUCCAUGUCAGUGAAGACCGACAGAUGCAGGCAAGAUACCUUUCUGGCAGAGAAUCCAGGCUGCUUCCUGCCUGAACAGGACAUACCAACACUUAGCCGAAUAGCUGAUGUCUCAGCACAGGAGAAUUCUGAACCUCACAUUCCCAAGUACCAUCCUGCCAUCAUGUAUCGAAGCUAUCUCCGUUCAACAAGCACCAUCACUGAAGAGCAACAAAUGUCUUCCCCAGAGCCACCCCAUUACACACCACUGCCAAUGCUUAACCCUAACCGCAAGAGCUCAGGCCUGUUCUCCAAUCUCAGUACCACAGACACCAGCACCAAUUCCACACCAGCGCUGUUCACCUGCAGUCAGUUCAAUGGAUUUGAGUUUGUGCAUCAGAACUGCACAGCAACUGUGAACAAUCCUUUUCCCUGCGUAAAUAUUGGGCCUACUUUCCAGGCUGUGAUCCCUGACUUCAUGGAAUCUUCCCCAGGUGAACAGGACAUACACAAGGCAGAUUUGGUGUGGAAACCGUGGAAGGAAUUGAUGGAAAAUGAAAAAAUACAAGAGAAGGUGGAGGACCUGCUGAACAUGGCCUGUUCCAGUGUGCUGCCAGGUGGAGGACUGAACCGAGAGUUCACCCUACACUGUCUCUCUGAGUUAAAUGGAGACAUCAUGGCUACAUUGGAAAUGCUGCUACUGAACAAUGGGGCCCGUCCACCAUCCCAUCGACUGGCUGAUUACCAUUACACAGGAAGCAGUAACUGGACUCCUAGUGAACGCAGAGUUUUUAACAAAGCUUUCGGGGUGCACAGGAAAGACUUCCACAUGGUUCAGAAGAUGGUGAAAUCCAAACUGGUUACACAGUGUGUUGAGUAUUACUAUAACUUUAAGAAGAUCCUCAAAUUUAACAAGAAAUAUCGCCAUCGAGCAUCAGAUACAGAUGAUGAUUGGAACAAUAUCUUCAAACAAGACACUGACUGUGAGCAGCCAUUUACCAGUUCUCAAUCAAUACAGCAUGCUCACAGAGUGGAGAGAGAGGUUCCUUGCCCCACAGUCAUCGGCAACUUUCCCUGCAAACAAUGUGGCAAGAUGUUUUACAAAAUCAAGAGUCGAAACGCUCACAUGAAGAUCCACAGGCAACAGGAUGACUGGCAGCACCGGUCUCAAGAUACCCUUUAUUCUCCAGUCACGUACACAGGGGCAACGCUGGGCAAAUUGACUACCACUCCUCCUGCCUACCCCAGCUGGGACAAUAGGGAGAUCCAGGAGCAGCUGGAGGCCAUGUCGGAGGCUAUGACCUGUACGAGUCAACCCCCACUGUUUCACCAGGAUGUGAAACUGAACCUCGCCAAAGAAAAGUGCCAAAAUAUUUUCAUAUAACAAACUCAAAGAAAUGCAAUUCUUUGUAAUGCACUAACUGUGAAGACUUCAACCCCUCUGGGUCUUAAACACUUGUGUGUACAGACUCAGGCCAAGACUUGUGUUUAGCAUCAACAGAAACUGAGCCCCUUUUAGCAAAUCAACAUUUACAGAAUUGGGGCAAAGGAUUUUAUUCAUUAUUUUCUCACUGAUGCGUGACAUUGAGAUUUUUUAAUAAUGUAGCAUACACAAAUAUCUAUUUUAGUUAAUUCUGCCAUCCCCUCUUCUCAAUGGUUAGCACUGCUGCCUCACAGCACCAGGGACCUGGGUUCAAUUCGAGCCUUGGGCAACUGUCUGUGUGGAAUUUGCACAUUCUCCCUAUGUCUGUGUGGGUUUCCUCCGGGUACUCUGGUUUCCUCCCAUAUUCUGAAGAUGUGCAGGUUAGAUAAAUUGGCCAUGCUAAAUUACCCAUAGUGUUCAGGGAUG